AUGUGCCACCACACCCAGCAGACCUUUAGUUUUACUUGUCUUCUCACCCCUAAACAGGGCGAUCGGAAAGCACUAUGUUUUGGGGACCAGAAAUUUAACCUCCAUGAGAUAGGAAUGGAAUUUGAACCCAAAGCCAUUCACCCCCUGCCUGGCUCCUUAGACAUCUGUCUGAUCACGGAGACGCCUCUGGAGGAGAUGAUCCAGCGCCUCAAGGCUUUUGACGUCCCCAUUGAGCAGGGCCCAGUCCCCAGAACAGGGGCAAAGGGGCCGAUUAUGUCCAUCUACUUCCGAGACCCGGACAGAAACCUGAUUGAGGUGUCCAACUACAUCUCCUCAUGAUUGCUGCCGCCCUCCGUCCAUUUCCCCUCAUGCACGUUUGAGAUCAGACCCGCUGUCUAGAGGACAUCACCCAGGCCACACAAUAAAUGAGCCGUCUCCCCAUUGCACUCAC